AUGUCGCCUAGCGAGGCCAUGCCGGGGACGUUUCCCCAGACAGACAGGACCUGGGAGGUUAGCUACUCAGCAACUAGCGUGGUUCUAAGUGAUAAAUCCAUAUAUCCAUCUUUUCUACGUACAACACCUAGUGACCUGCACCAGACUAAUGCUAUGGCUAAGCUUGCCUCCACAUUACAUUGGACUAGUAUUGGUGCAAUAGGAAGUAAUGAUGAGUACGGUUAUUAUGGAACAGAGGAGUUUAUUGUUCAGGCGGCAAAAUAUAAUUUGUGCAUUUCCUUUAAAAAAAUUAUUCAAGCAUUGAUGUUCCGUAAGGAUGUUUGUGGCGACAAUUGCCUCUUUGAAAUUCUAAAAGUCAUAAAUCAGUCUGCAGCUGAAGCAGUUAUAGUGUUUACAAAGGAAGCCAAUGUCAAGAGAAUACUGGAGGGAGCCAUACAUUACAACAUAUCACAAACCUGGAUUGCCACUGAUACUUGGUCAACUUCAGUAUUGAUUGCUGGAUUACCAGGAAUUGAAAGAAUUGGAAGAAUUCUUGGUUUUGUACAAAACAGACAAGCAGUUCCAUAUUUUAGAGAGUAUGUAAGAGAUUUAUCUAAACAGAAUGUGUCAAAAAAUUGUUUUUUUAAUCAAUAUUUGAAAAACUACCCUCCCUGUGGAUACAAUGCACUAUCAAAUUUUACUUUGUCAGGGCAAUGCAGGUGGAAUGACUCUUUUGAUACUAAAAAAAACAAUUGCACACCAUCUGAUUUUCUGGAAAGUAAUAUUGAUGAAGAUUCCUCUUUUAGCAUCUAUUUGGCUGUCAAUGCAAUUGCUAGGGCUCUUGGUCCAAUAUGUAAAAACAGUAAUUGCAGUAAUGAUGACUUUCCUUCUUGGCAGUUGCUCCAAGAAUUAAAAAGGGUUAAUUUCUCUUUGAAUAAUGUAGAUGUUCAAUUUGAUAAGAAUGGAGAUUUUCUGUUAGGAUAUGACAUCAUUGGAUGGAAAUUAACCAGCCCUGCUCAAUUUGAAACUAUUGGUAUAUAUAAAACAUCAGGGGAGAUUGUCAUAUAUAAUGAAUCUCAAUGGACAUCUAAAAAUAUCACGGUAACAGCUGACAUGUGCUAUAAGGUGUGUAAACCUGGACAGAAGCUCACAGCUACUGACAGAACAUGUUGCUUUGAAUGCACAGCCUGCAGUGCUGGAUACUAUUCUUCAGGAGGAUAUGAAACUGAAUGCAAACAAUGUAAAGAAGAUGAAUAUUCAUUGAAUCAAAGCGCCAGCUGUAUCCCACGAGAAAUUGAUUUUCUAAGAUGGAAUGACACAUUUGCUGCAAUACUGAUAACGCUUAACUCUACUGGAAUGGCACUAAUUGUUUUGUUUAUUUUGGUUUUUAGUUUUCAUUUCAACACCCCUGUGAUAAAAUGUGCUGGAGGCCCCCUCUGUUUUGUCAUGCUAGCCUCACUUUUAGCCAGUUUUUUCAGUGUUUUUACUUUUGUUGGCCAGCCAACUACACUUUCCUGUCAAAUCCAGCAGCCACUUUUUGCAGUUAGCUUUACUCUCUGUAUAGCUUGCACCAUAGCAGUAAUUGUCCAAAUAUUUAUUGCCUUCACGUUUGAUAUUGAGAUGAAUUGUAAAUUACAAAAAUUUAACAAGCCUGUCCUAAUAACUAUUGGGUGUACAACUCUUCAAGCUGUGCUGUGUGUAUUGCGGAUCAAACUGGAAAAACUUGAUGCUAUCAGAGACAGUCGGACUUUUCAAGAAAAAAUACUGUAUGAAUGUAAAGCAGAGUCUGAUGUUUACUUUGGGUUGAUUCUUGGAUAUAUUGCAUUACUUGCACUGAUUUGUUUUAUUUUUGCUUUUAAAGGUAGGCAUUUGCCAGAUAUGUAUAAAAACGCCAAAUUCAUUACAAUAAGCAUGCUUAUUUCUAUUGUUGCUUGGGCAGUUUUCGUUCCCAUUCGACUAACAAUAACUGGAAAAUACCUUUCAGCUACUGAAGCUUCAACAAUUUUAGUAUGUAACUACAGUGUUUUGGUGUGUCAUUUCUGCCCAAAAGUUUAUGUCAUUCUCUUUAAUAAUGAAAUCAAUAUUGAAAAGGCAAUCUCUGAACACAUCCGCAAGCACUACGAAAAUCAGGGGGCACCUCCAGGAUCAAUGUAG